AUGGCUGAGACAGCCAGUAAUAUGAAUAUCGACCCAGCAAUUGGACCGAUGAUUAGGGCUGGACGCCUAGCUGACCUUGUCACAGUCUCAGGAUUCGGGGCAGCCGAGGGGAGAUCGUCCACUGUGGCCUUCGAGGAACUUACAAAGGAUGUCGACAUGGUGGUAGGCGGCGGAGUGUAUGAUAUCGGUGUAGAAGACUGUGAGGACGAAGGAGGCGUGCCGUCUUGGGACGCUGUUGCAGAGGGUGGGAUCGCGGACGAAGACAGGGGAGGCGUUGGCACCAGCAGUCGCUACGACGAGGCAGGAGAAGGGGUUUCGUUGGUGGUGGAACAGGGGACAACCUGA